UGAAGCUAAACAACAAACAUUUUUCAACGUGCUUUGGUUGAUGCCUAAGUUCUUAUGUUUCAUGUGAACCAAGAAGUUCGGUGGUGGAUUCAAAUUAUAAGAGUUAUUACACACCCAGGUCAAAUCAUUCAUAUUCUGUAAAGUGAAUCAUUAAAAUUAUGUUGUAAACUAUUUUGAAAAAAAUAAUAAUUUUACUUCAUUUAAAAGUUUAAUAUUAGCAGAAAAAAGUAGGAAAUGGAUAAUUUAAGGAAACGUUUCAAUACCAAAGGACGGAUUAAAGCUGCUGCUGUUGUUCAGAAUCAAGAUACUCAGUCAGUUGUCGUUGACAUGGCUGACAAAGAAAAGUAUGACGCAAGCAAUCCUUUAGUCAUUGUUUCUAAAAAGAAAUCUCAUAAACCAGUUGAAAAACAGAAUACACAAACUUCCAAAAAACCAUUAUCAAAAAAACAAAAGAAGAAGCUUGAAAAAAUUCUAGAGGCAAAGAAAAAGAAGCAAAAUAGAGCAGAACUAUUGAAAAAACUAUCUGAAGUUCAAGCAUCUACAAAUAUUUUAAAUCAUCUAACGUCUACUGCUGAUAUGCAAACAUUUGGAAUUAAAAGAUUGGCGAAUGAAUCUCUUCGUGUACGUAAGCGGCAAAAAAUUAGCAACAUUAAAGGAUUGAAGUCAAAUAGAGAGUCUGAUGAAUCGCAAGUAGAUUCCAGUGAAAGUUCAAGUGACGAUCAAGUCGACGUAAUUACAACAGAGACCACAAAAGAAAAAUCUCCAGCUAAGCGGCAAAAAAUUAGUAACAUUAAAGGAUUGAAGUCAAAUAGAGAGUCUGAUGAAUCGCACGUAGAUUCCAGUGAAAGUUCAAAUGACGAUCAAGUCGACGUAAUUACGACAGAGACCACAAAAGAGAAAUCUCCAGCUAAAGAAGUGAGAAAAGAAAAUGAAACAAAUAUUUCUGGAGAAAAUGUGAUUUCAGAUAAACCUACAUGCACGCCUACAAUUUUUGUUCCAGUUUAUCGUAAGCCUGAAAUUCAGGCUGUGAGAGAAGCUCUUCCAAUUUAUUCUGAAGAACAACCUUUGAUAGAAGCCAUCAAAGAAAACUCAGUUAUAAUUGUUCAUGGAGAAACAGGAAGUGGUAAAACGACUCAAGUGCCGCAAUUUUUAUAUGAAGCUGGUUUUACUCAAAACAGCAUGCUGAUUGGCAUCACUGAGCCACGGAGAAUUGCUGCCAUGAGUAUGGCGUCCCGAGUUGGAGAAGAAAUGAACAUGCCAAAUGCAGUCUCUUAUCACAUACGUUAUGAGAAGACUGUUAAUCCUGAAACUCAAAUAAAGUUUAUGACAGAUGGCGUAUUAUUAAAAGAGUUGAAGCAGGAUUUCUGGCUUUCGAAGUAUUCAGUUAUUAUUAUUGAUGAGGCACACGAACGUUCUGUUUACUCUGAUGUAUUAAUCGGCCUUUUGUCCCGCAUUAUUCAUCGUCAUGAAAAGGAAAGAAAAGGGAAAAAAUAUCCUCCCUUAAAACUGAUAAUUAUGUCUGCCACAAUGUGUGUUGAAGAAUUUAUGGAAAAUCCCAGGCUGUUCAAGACGAAACCUUUUCUUUUUAAAGUAAGUUCCAGGCAAUAUACUGUUCAGGCACAUUUCAACAAACAUACUCCAAAUGAUUAUGUUGAAGCUGCAUUCAAUAAGGUGUGUAAAAUUCAUCAGCAAUUGCCACCUGGUGCCAUAUUAGUGUUUCUGACGGGUGAGAAGGAAAUAAAUAAACUGUGCCAAACUCUGAGAGAUGCAUUUCCUAUGAAAGAAUUUGAUGAGGAAGCUGAUUGUUUGUUUAAGAAGAAACGAAAAAGAAGAACGAAAAAUAACAUGUCUACUCUCCCAGACAUAAAUUUAGAUGAUUUUACCAUUGAACCUUUGGACACUGAAGAUUUGCAACAUCAGUUGUCCGAAGAUGAAGAUUUUCCAAAUGUUAAUUUUGUGAUGCCGAAGCUGGACGAUGGUUCGCUUCCACUUUAUGUAUUACCUUUAUAUUCUGCUCUGCCUCUUGAGGAACAAGAAAAAGUUUUCAAACCCCCUCCUCCUGGAUGUCGCUUGUGCGUCGUCUCAACUAACAUAGCGGAAACAUCUAUUACGAUUCCGGGCCUCAAAUAUGUUGUGGACUCUGGAAAAGUAAAAACUAGAGUUUAUAGUAGCAACAGUGGAGGUAUAUCGCAGUUUGUGGUGACUUGGUCAUCUAAAGCAUCAGCCAAUCAGAGAACUGGGCGUGCUGGCAGAACAGAAGGUGGACAUUGUUACAGAUUGUAUUCAUCAGCUGUUUUUGAAAAUGAAUUUCCUGAUUUCUCUAUACCUGAGAUUCUGAGAACGCCCUCUGAUGAUAUUUUACUGCAGAUGAAAGCUUUAGGUAUUCCAAAAGUUGUUCAUUUUCCCUUCCCUUCAACCCCUGACAUUGAAGCAUUAAAGGCUGCAGAAAAAAGAUUGGUUUUAUUGGAAGCUUUAGAAGAUAUACAGAAUAAGAGUGGAAGAUAUAAAGAUUCUAAAGAAAGAGAAUUUUCAGCACCCGCUACGAAUUUUGGCAUACAGAUGGCACGUUUCCCACUGAGUCCGCGAUAUUCUGCAAUGCUGUUGCUCUCUAAAAAGCAUGACUGUAUACCCUACAUGGUGGCCAUUACUUCUGCAAUGACUGUUCCUGAAGUUUUCUUGAGUUCCACUGUUGGUACAGAGAAUAAUGAAGAUUUCAAAGUACUUUGGGAAGGAAUUAAAAAAAUAGGUGCUGGAAAUGGUAGCCAAUUGAGACUAGGUGAUGCAAUGGUGCUACUAAGAGCCGUCGCAUUAUUUGAAAAAGCUGAUAAUAAGGUGAAAUUUUGUAUCAAAAAUAAAAUUAAACACAAAUCUAUGGUUGAAAUUCAUCAAAUGGGACUUCAAUUAAUAAAAGAAAUGAAUCAGGCCUACACUUUAGAGAUGCCUUUACAUUUGAAAAUGGAUCAACCAUCAGUGGAAGUUGUUGAAAAGAUACGGAGAAUUUUGGCAGCCGGAUUUGUUGAUCAUAUAGCAAGAAAAAUGCCCACAGAAGAAAAUAAAAAAGACAAAAAAUUAAAAAAUGCUUAUCAAUGUAUGGAAUUGAAAGAUCCUGUCUUCAUCCAUCCAAGUUCAAUUCUCUUUUCUGAAUUGCCUGAAUAUGUUGUUUAUCAAGAAAUCAACCACACUUCUAAAUACUACAUGAAGGGAGUUGUUGAAAUAGAAAGUCAGUGGAUACCCGGCAUCGCACCCAGUCUUUGUAGUUUUUCUGAACCCAAAGAAGAUCCACAAUAUGAUGCUUCCAAAGAUAAAAUAUAUGUCACAAUGGACGUCAAAGUGGGUUGUUGGUCGUGGGAGAUAUUAAAUACAAACAUAGAGAUGCCAAAAGGAAUUCCGAAAUACCAGUGGUUUACAUUCUUUUUAUUAGAUGGCCAAGUGUGUCCCUUUUUUAAAAAUUAUCAAAGACUUUUAGCACCUUCUCUUGUUCUAAAGAAAUGGGCUACAACAUAUAAACCUGAAUACGUGUAUUUUCUAAAUGCACUGGCGUCUCGAGAAAUCGAUUGCCGUAAAUCUUUAGAAAAUGUGUGGCUAGCUGAUUCCAAAUAUUUAUUACAAGAAUUUUUAGCUUUGUUGCCGUCAGAGAAACAUUUAGAAGUAGAAGUGAGAUGGCCUCCUAAAUCUUGAGAAGCUUGAUGUGUAAAUAAAAGAAUAAUAAAAUAUAUUCAUUCCAAAUA